AUGGCCGCGCCAUUGUCCAACUUGUUCAACAGAACGCUUUUCUGGGUGUCUUCGUAUGUUACCGGAAGAGCCACAUUGAAGGAGUUGAUAAAAAAUAACGGCGGCGUUGUAGUGUUAAAUCCCAAAGAUGCCGACAUCAGAUUGGUGAACCCCGAUAAAAGGGGCCAUGAUGUGUUUCUUGACACCUACUCUUACAAGUGGGUAGAGGAUAGCCUCAAGAAAGGCCAGCUUGAGCCUUUUGAACCCUACCGGGUUGGGCCAUCAGCGCCGCGUCCAAUGGGUGCCUCUUAUAUCGCCCGUAAAGCCACCAGGACAGGCUUCACUCUCAAAGAUGACCAACUCCUCUUCGACUGGGUUGCAGCGUACAGAAAGAUUACGGGUACGGAGGGAGGCGGCAACAGCGUAUAUCAAGAGCUUGAGAGAUAUUAUCCCCAGCAUCCUUGGCAGUCCUGGCGUACUCGCUAUGUCAAGAAAAUUCGGGGCAGCCCUCGUCCAGGCGGUGGUGAACCCAGGCCAAUUGAAGAGCUACAUCCAGCCGUUCAGUCUCGACGAGAACCGGCUGCCAGGGCAGAGGAGCCGCAGCCAGAAGGGGCUUCCUCAAGAUAUCCCAAAAGGAAACGCGAUUCUGACGCUGGCCAUGCACCAUCUCCAAAGCGAAUAUCUGCGGGGGCUGCUGCAAUAACUGCCACGUCAACAACGCACGAGUCUCCACAUGAGAUCCGUGAAACCAGGCCACGAUCGCCGAGUCUGGUAAUACCCUCGCCGCGAAAUUACCAUCCACGUCCCUCUCAACCCGCUCCUACUCACCCUACCCAGUCAUCGCAUGCCGUCGAGGCCGCUACAACCCAGAGCAAGCCCCCAUUAAAUGAUCCAGCGAUAUCAGCAGCCUUCCUGCUAGAACUUCCUUUCUUCCCAUCCCCUCCAGAGCCAGAAGAGGACGACGAGGAAACCGAAGACGAAGACGAAGAUGUAGAAGAGGAAGAGUGGGCUGAUGUCCACGAUCUCAACUCAUGGAUCGAUUCACGAAUUGUAAGACGCGGCGUCGAUGAAUCCGAAGUGAUCGAUACCCUGCGUCGCACGAGCAUGAACCCCAUAAUCGCGGACAAGGUCCUCAAACUCAUCGCUGCCGGACAGGAUAUCCCCACCGACAUGCCCGGGUUCUGGACACCCGAGGACGACCAGUGUCUCGAGGGAGGAGAUAAAUACGGCGUCGAGCGCGUGCUGAAGAAACAUGGUGACGAGGCGGUCACUACCAGAUGGGAAUAUUUGAGCAUGGCGCGGGAUAAAGGAAAGGUUUGA